CCGUUACUUUUUCUUACCUCCCCGGGCUCUCUGACUUUAUAACAAACACUCGACCGCCUAAAAGAGGCAAAAACAGAUUCCCAUUUCAGACAGAGAGAGCCGAAAAUUCUAGAAAUCUCACGAAUACCGGAUUAUUGGCAUAUGCUUUGAUAUGGGCAUAGAGGAGGGAGUUGUGGAGUUACAUGAUGAUAAAGGAAAAAUUGAUAAAAAAUUAACCAUAAGUGUUCAUACGUUUUCUGAUUUAACCUACACUUCUCCAGUAGUAUUCUUAUACCUUCUGAAAGAAUGUUAUGCUCAUGGUACAUGCAAGGCAACAAAUAAAUUCAGAAUUCUUCAGCAAAAGGUCUAUCACGCACUAGAGAAUUCUCCCCAACCAGGGCCUGCUACUUUUGUUGUUUGGUGCCUCUAUGUCCUGCCGAUAUUUGGAUUACAUUGUGAAGGUUUCAGCCACUUGAUUAUAUCUGCUCUUCGUCGCUUUUUAAAUCUAGCUCCCACCUCAGAGGACACCUCGAAAGCAAAAGUUAUAGCGGCCCGGUUAUUUUUAGAUAUUGUGGGAGGCUUGGUUGACCAUGAUGAGAGGAUAGUAGUGAAAAUACUAGAAGUUUUUGAUGUCAAGUUGGCAGAUGUCGACGAAGCCUUAUGCCAGUUGAAUGUCCAAGAUGAUUAUAAGCCUGACACGGCAAAAACACUUGUUGAAGAUUAUAUUUUUAAAUUGAUAGACUCCCAAUCAUAUAUGACAGCAGCCAGUUUAUUAGAACACUUUUCUAUCCGCCACUCCGGACAGUCUUUUCUCAUCAAAAUGAUGCAGAACAAACAAUCUAGAGCAGCUGAAAAGUGGGCAACAUUUAUGGGGAAAUCAAUGCUAUGUGCUCUUGUUCAGGAGUAUGCUGAUCAGAAUAUGCUAAAGCAGGCUUACGAAACAAUAAAGAAAAACGAUUUGAAGCAGGAAUUUCCUGAUGUAUAUCAUAAGUGCAAAGAAAGCUCAUUGAAGAAGUUAGCAGAAAAGGCAUUAUGGGAUCUUGCUGAGGCAAAGACGCAUGGUGAUAAACAACUUCUUGAAUAUUUGGUUUACCUGGCAAUGGAGGCUGGUUACUCGGAGAAAGUUGAUGAGUUGUGUGAACGAUACUCCCUUGAAGGUUUUCUGAAUGUCAAGGAAUCUGAGGGUAGUGUUCUGCAAAGCAAAUACCUGCAUCUUGAUGAAUUGGCUGUUGAAAAUAUUAUUUGGGUUGAUGAAGUUGAUGGUUUAUGUGCUGCAACUAGCCACAUCGAGGGAUGUAAAGUUGUUGGCCUUGAUUGUGAAUGGAAACCCAAUUAUGUAAAAGGCAGCAAACCAAACAAGGUUUCUAUCAUGCAAAUUGCAUCUGAUAAGACGGUUUUCAUCUUUGACUUGAUAAAGUUAUUUGAAGACAUACCUGAUAUCCUAGACAACUGCCUAUCCCGCAUUUUGCAGUCUCCUAGAAUUCUCAAACUUGGUUAUAACUUCCAAUGUGACAUAAAGCAGCUAGCUCAUUCAUAUGGAGAGUUGCGGUGUUUCAAUAACUAUGAGAAAUUAUUGGACAUUCAGAAUGUAUUCAAAGACGCUCGAGGUGGUUUGUCAGGACUUGCUGAGAAAAUACUGGGAACUGGUUUGAACAAGACAAGACGAAACAGCAAUUGGGAACUACGGCCUCUGAGUCACAACCAGCUAGAGUAUGCUGCUCUUGACGCUGCUGUACUUGUUCACAUAUUUCAUCAUUUUCACAAUCACUCUCAGUCUGCUGGUUUUCCAGACGGACAUGACAAGAUCGAGUGGAAGUCUCAUAUUGUUUCUCGCAUGGAUAACCCCAAGAAAGCAAAAAAGGAGUCUAAAAAUAAAAGAGAAUUGGAAGAUGAUAUCAACAAGCGGGGGCAAUCAAAUUAGUGAUUAAGCACUUGUUUUUCUUUUCCUUUCAUUAAUUGUCUAACAAUAGUUUCAUUGUAUAUAUACAUCCAUUUUGGUUAGGAGAAGAAACGCUGAUUAGUCAAAUUUGUUGGGCUAUUUUAUUUUAUAUUGGAAAAAAAGAUAGAUUUUUUUUUCUCUAA